GCUGAAGUCAGGAGCCCUGCUGUAGGACCCAUUGGAGCGCCGUCGCAUGACUCAGUGACUGAUGCGCAGGAGCCAUGGCACACUGCAACACCAGACUGAAGACCAGACAAACCUACUCCUGGGUUGGCAGGCCACUGUAUGAUCGAAAAUUACACAACCAAUUCUACAGAGAAAUGUGCGUGAAAAUGGAAGCUUCUUCGACUCAGGUUCAUAUCCAAGUUGGACAAUUUGUGCUAAUUGAAGGCAGUGAUGAUGAAAACCCAUACGUUGCUAAAUUGGUUGAGUUGUUUGAAGAUGGUUCUAAACCUCGUUUCAAGAAGCGUGCCCGAGUGCAGUGGUGUGUCCGGUUCUCUGAAGUCCCGGAAGGGAAGCGGCAUUUAUUGGGCCGCGAGCCUGCCCCACAGGAGAUCUUCUGGUAUAAUUAUCCCGCCUGUGACAACAACAUCAACGCGGAGACCAUCAUCGGCCCCGUGCGGGUAGUAGCUUUAGCCCCGGAUGACGUGAUACCUGCGGAUUUGAAGUAUAAAAAGACCCUCUUUGUGAAACUGUCCUGGAACGAAAAGAAGUUCAGCCCUCUGCCUGCAGAAGUACUUGCAGGAUUGGACACGCUCCAGGAAAGCAGCCCCGGGUUCCAGAAGCCUGUGGGAGCCAAGAUGAAGAGCGAAGACGGCCACCCCUGGGCCACAGCGAAGCAUGCGGACAAGAGGAUUGAGUCCAGGCACCAGGCCUCAAAAGCUUGCCAGAGUGCCACCCACUCGCUCACUCCACGAGCACGGAAGAGGCUGGAGCUGAACGGCCUCUCUCAGACAACGCACGGGAAGACUCCCCAGCAGAAUGCACGGGCCUCUCCAGAGAAAACCAAGCGGAAAGCAGCCACCUCUGAGUUCACCGCACCUUGUAAGCAGCCUCAGCUUGAUGGGCCUCAGACCUGGUCUCUAUCUAAGGUCACUCCUUAUCCCGAGGACAACCAGAAGUCUUCACUUAAAGGUCACAUGACACUGAGACCCCGAAGCCGAGCUCUGAAAGCCACCGAGAUUGGUGAAGAGAUGAAACUUUAUCCUAUCAGAGGGCGGCAGGAGCCCUUGUUGUUCCUGACGCCGAGAAAACUCCAAAAGAGGGAGGCGGAACAACCAGAAGCCCCGAGCGCAGCUGCGCGCGCCCCCGGUCGUGUCCGCAGAAAGAGUUCCGCCUUGACUCUGAGUCGGAUUAGGCAACAGCUUCGGUUUUUAGGUGAUGGUAGGAACAAUGAAGACGAAGAGUUUCUGCAGACCUCAGACCCUUCAGACUCUAGCAGUGAGGAGGAGGAAGAGGCCGCCACGCCGCGCCCCCCGAGAACGCCCGGCACUGUGUCUAGGAACCUACGAUCGCCCACGAGGUCAUCCUUUCAGACUCCCUCCAAGACACCAAAGAAAACCCCUACGUGCCGAACGCCACGCCAGGCCACACCCCAGAUCCGCAGCCGAAGCCUGGCUGCCCAGGAGCCGUCCAGCGUGCUGGAGGAGGCCCGGCUGAGGCUGCACGUUUCUGCCGUGCCUCAGUCCCUCCCCUGUCGGGAACAGGAAUUCCAAGACAUCUACAACUUCGUGGAAAGCAAGCUCCUGGACCACACUGGAGGGUGCAUGUACAUCUCUGGGGUCCCAGGGACCGGGAAGACGGCCACUGUGCAUGAGGUGAUACGCUGCCUGCAGCUGGCAGCUGAAGCAAAGGAGGUCCCGCCUUUCCAGUACGUGGAGGUCAACGGCAUGAAGCUGACGGAGCCCCACCAAAUCUACGUGCAAAUCUUGCAGCACCUGACGGGCAAAAAGGCAUCAGCCACUCACGCUGCGGAGCUGCUGGCAAAGCACUUCUGCACCCCAGGCUCCCCUCAGGAGACCACCGUGCUGCUGGUGGAUGAGCUCGACCUCCUGUGGACUCAGAAACAAGACGUGCUGUACAAUCUGUUUGACUGGCCCACUCACAAGGAGGCCCAGCUGGUGGUCCUGACCAUCGCCAACACAAUGGACCUGCCGGAGCGAGUCAUGAUGAAACGGGUGGCAAGCCGACUGGGCCUCACCAGGAUGUCCUUCCAGCCCUACACUCAUAGCCAGCUGCAGCAGAUCCUGACGUCCCGGCUCAAACAUGUAAAGGCCUUUGAAGGUGACGCCAUCCAGCUGGUAGCCAGGAAGGUCGCAGCCCUCUCUGGAGAUGCCCGCCGCUGCCUGGACAUCUGCAGGAGAGCCACUGAGAUCUGCGAGUUCGCCCAGCAGAAGCCCGGCUCCCCCGGCCUGGUCACCGUGUCCAACCUGAUGGAAGCAGUGGAGGAGAUGUUUUCAUCGUCAUACAUCACUGCCAUCAAAAACUGCUCGGUCCUGGAGCAGUGCUUCCUGAGAGCCAUCCUUGCAGAGUUCCGGCGAUCAGGUCUGGAGGAGGCAACGUUUCAGCAGGUGUACAGGCAGCACGUCACUCUGUGCCGGGUGGAAGGGCUGCCCUACCCCACGGUGUCCGAGACCAUGGCCGUGUGUUCACGCCUGGGCUCCUGCCGCCUCCUCCUCGUGGAGCCCAGCAGGAACGACCUGCUGCUCCGUGUGCGCCUCAACGUCAGCCCAAACGACGUCCUGUACGCGCUGAAGGGAACCUAG